CAACUGAUGUGUGAAUAAGGAAGCCAAGACUUACCUGAAACCAGAUUAGGUUCUUUAUGUCAUUCCACACAGGUGCAUGGAGUUAAGUUAUAGGACGUAAUGCAGCAAUGGUUCUGUGGAUAAUUCUGACAAUAGGGCUGACCACACUGGUUCAGUGCAUAGAUACCUUACCAACGAAACACAGAUUUAUUCUCUAUGCCCCAGGCAACAUCAGUUUAACAUUUUACAAAGACUUUAAUAAUGUUGACAAGGAAUUCAAGGUGUCUUUGAGCAGAGGAAUGAACAAAUCAGUGACUUUUUGUGUAGGAUCCUUCAAUUACACCCAGAUACCGUUUGAGGAGAAUAACUGCCGAGUUACCCCAGCCGUUGACAAUGUGACUUUUUUUCUGUGGGAUCUUACUGCAAACCAUACAGACAUUUAUUUUUUCCAUAAAGAAGUCAUGUAUCCCCCUCCUUACAAUCAUGAAUGUGAUGAGGGCACUUUCAUUCAUGUAAAAGAGCCCGCAUGCCCUAAACAUGAGACUACUAUUAUUCAGACAACUUCUUUAAGUCCAUUAAUUGCACUUGGAUGUUUUGCAUUAUACAGUCUCAUAAUCACUAUGGCUUUUCUAUAUAUUGUGAGAAAAGGAAGAAGAACCAGAAUUCAACAGAGUGAAUAUAUUAAUGUUGUGCCACGGCGGACCCGACCUCCUUUGCCAUGUGUAACAUACUCUACAACUGAUGGUUACUCUCAUUCUCGCUGA